ACCUAUAAAGUGAGAUUAUGUGAAAUAUUUUACACAUUUUUUAUUAAAGUGGUGUGGAUAGUAAUGCUUCCUUCAAUUUAAAUUCUUUCACCCUUCAUCACUUACCUGUUACUCUUCACGAAGAACAAUGCUUAGUUAUCUUUUACAUUCACAAUUUGAGUGCCUCGGAGGCCUUAGUCCAUACGAUGUUUGGGAAUUGUGCAUACAGGCUUCAUGUAUGGAUAUUGCCCCAAAAAUUGUCUACAUGCUCAUCUACAAUCUUGUGUAUCAACUAAUUUCGGCGUAUUUCUCGCACAAGGUAUUUCACCUUUGCUCAAUAGUGGGUGGUUUCGCAGUAAUGAGGUUAGCAAUAUCGCACAGCAACAUCACACACUUUUUAGUUUUCCUUGCAGUUGGAUACGUUUGCAUGUAUUGUGCCAAUCGUGUUCACUUGAAAAAGCAAAUUAAGACUGAGUACAUUGCAGUGUUAUUAUGCAUCGUUUACUUAUUGCUUUGCGAAUUUGUGUAUCCAAAUCAGGACGAUUGGAUUCAGUCUCGAGGGCUAUUCAUGAUAGCAGCUAUGAAAAUCAUUUCUCUUUGUUUUGAUUUGCAAAACGGCCAUUAUUUUCCAUCACCAUAUGUUUAUGCAGGAUACAUGCUGUGCCCGGCUAACGUAAUGUUUGGACCUUGGAUUUCGUUUACUGAGUAUAAUAUUGCACGGGUGAUGAGCCAAAGAAAGAAAUUUACUUGGGUAUUACGAACCAUACACGUUUUACUACUCUCAUUCUUUUUUCUAUCAAUGUCUAAUUGUUUAAGUAUCAUUGUUAUACCCAGUGUAAUUGAUAACAAAUGGAUAUCGGCUUAUCGUCGAGCGUUUUCGUUCAGGUGUAGUCACUAUUUUAUUUCCUUCUUAUCUGAGGCAACAAUGCUUUGUGGUGGAUAUGGCGAUUCAAAAAAUCAAUAUGUGAUUACUAGACCAUUUGAUAUUGAGCUUCCAACCUCAUUAGUUAGUGUUGUGGUUAGUUGGAAUAUUCCCAUGCAUAGGUUUCUUAAGAAAUAUGUGUACUUGGAGAUUUUAAGAUUUGGCUACUUCAAAGCAAUACUGGGAACCUACCUCAUUUCAUCUCUUUUGCACGGAUUUAAUCUGGAAAUUGCAGCCGUAUUGGUGACGAUUGGUGCCUACUCAUUUGUGCAAUUUCGACUCCAAGAAAAAUUAGCGAGAAGCUUCAAUGCAUGUUUACGGGUUCGUCCAUGCAGGACGUGCACGCAUAAGUACAAAAGAUCGAAUUGGUUAAUAAAAUUAGUGCUUUUGAUAUUUGCGUGUAUUACUAUUUGUGAUCUGAUAUUUUUGGGUGUUUUAAUGGACUCUGUUGGAUAUCCGGAUGCGCCAAGUAUAUAUGAAAAAUGGGGUGAUUUAGAUUUCCUAAGCCAUUGGGUUAUGCUAGGGCUUUAUAUAAUUACUUUUAUAUAAUGAAAUUAUUACAAUUUUGCCAAUGUAA